GUGCAGGUAGCUGUCUGGAAACUCUAGAAAAAGGAAAACCACUCAUAGUAGUAAUAAACGACAAGCUGAUGGACAACCAUCAGCUUGAACUGGCAAGACAGCUCCACAGAGAUGGGCACGUCCUCUGCUGUAAUUGCAGCACUCUUGUGGAGACACUGCGGUUGAUGGACUUGUCAACUUUGAAACCUUUUCCACCUGGACAGCCAGAAAAGUUUGCUUUGUUCUUGGAUAAAGUUUUUGGGUUUCAAUAA